CGAGUAGAAGGCGAAAAAUAAAGCGCAUGAAAGUUUUUUCAGUCGUUUGCCUUCCCUCUCUCUCACCAGCUACGGUGAUCUAGAAAUGGGAGAUGGAGCUGAGAUUGUGAACAUGUCAGAGGGAGAAGAGAAGAAGCUUCCAGAGGAUAGAAUUAGCGAUGAGCAAGUAGAGAAAAAUGAGCUGGUGGGGUCAGAUGAAGCGAGUGAUAGUGAUAACGAAGAAGAGAUCUUUGAAGAGGCAAUUGGUUCGCAGGAGGCUCCAAAAACUGAACCUUUCGAAGUCGAUGGGUUGCACGAGGAUUUACGUUUAGAGGCAACUCCUGAAAAUUUCAAGGAUGAGCAUGAAGUGGUUGAUGAUCUGGAAGAAGUAAGUAGCAAUGAGAGUGGAGUGAAAGAUUCCAAGACUUAUCAUUCGAUAGUUGGAGAGAGCCAUGGCGAGGUGAACGUGCAAGAUAUAACUACGGGAGAGGCGGAACGUGAUCUAGUGACUCCUAAAAUGAAUGAUGAUAAAGGGGAAGCUGGUGAAGAGAUUUCUCAUGGUCAAAUUGAUUCAAGCUUGGAUGUGGUUGAAAACAGCGAGAAAGCUACCUGCAGUGGUUCCAAUUUAGCGGGUGAGGAUGUGAAUAUGCAAAACGGAAAUACACAUUCUUUCCCGGAAAAUGGAAUUAUCUCAGUAAGUGCCCUUUCCGAGGAAACAAGGAAUGAUAGCAUUGAAGACAUAAACUGGGAGGAGAAAGCUGAUGUAUCAGCUGGCAUGGAAACAGAAGAAGAGAUUGGGGGAGGUGAAGGAACAAAUAAGAAUUGCUCUGAAAACGGUUUCGUAUGUAUAAACAAUGUGUCUGGGGAACAAAGAAAUGGUGAAACUGGUGCCGGAUACAGUAGUGUUAAAAUGGCCUCUGGAGACAAAUCCUUAAAUGAUAGUCUUGAAAUAUUAAAUGUUGGGACCUCUUCUCCGUUGGAGAAAUCUAGUCCCGAGGAAAAGGGAGAGAUCGAAGGUCACAGCAGUAGUGGUUUCCCUGGGGUAACUUGUAGAGAACAUGAGACUGUUCAAAAUAGUAAUGUAAGACAUGAUGUUCAACAGAGUCCUCAACGUAAUAAGGAUCUUGAGAAGCAGCAAGGCAGCAGAGUAAAUAUAGGACCAGAGAUUACGGUAAGCCCACAUGUGGAACGAGAAUUUGAGGUAGUUAGUUCUGAUUCACGGACAGAGUCUGUAAGUUCAUUACCACCUGCUCGCCCAGCAGGUCUUGGUCGUGCUGCUCCUCUUUUGGGACCGACACCACGUGUUACUCAACAGCCUCGUGUCAAUGGCAAUGUGUCUCACGACCAACAUCAGCAAGUUGAGGACUCUACUGCAGAGACCGAUGAGCAUGAUGAGACCCGUGAGAAGCUCCAGUUGAUUAGGGUCAAAUUUUUGAGGCUUGCACAUAGAUUAGGGCAAACUCCACAUAACGUUGUUGUUGCUCAGGUCUUGUACAGGCUUGGAUUGGCUGAACAGUUGAGGGGCCGAAGCGGAAGCCGUGUUGGGGCCUUUAGUUUUGAUCGUGCCAGUGCCAUGGCAGAACAGCUUGAGGCAGCUGGACAGGAUCCACUUGAUUUUUCUUGUACGAUUAUGGUGCUGGGUAAAAGUGGGGUUGGUAAAAGUACGACGAUCAAUUCCAUUUUUGAUGAAGUGAAAAUGAGUACUGAUGCAUUCCAGAUGGGGACAAAGAGGGUUCAGAAUGUUGAGGGUUUUGUUCAGGGAAUUAAAGUACGGGUGAUUGACACUCCCGGUCUCUUACCAUCGUGGUCUGAUCAACACAAGAAUGAGAAGAUCCUCAGGUCUGUUAGGGCGUUCAUCAAGAAAAAUCCACCUGACAUUGUAUUAUAUCUUGAUAGGUUGGAUACGCAAAGCAGAGAUUCUGGUGACAUGCCUCUCUUGCGCACUAUCAUUGAUGUUUUUGGACCAUCGAUAUGGUUUAAUGCCAUUGUGGGGUUGACACAUGCCGCUUCUGCUCCACCAGAUGGCCCAAAUGGCACUGCUUCUAGCUAUGACAUGUUUGUAACACAACGUUCUCAUGUCAUUCAGCAGGCCAUUCGCCAAGCAGCUGGAGAUGUGAGGCUCAUGAACCCUGUUUCUUUAGUUGAGAACCACUCUGCUUGCAGGACAAAUCGGGCAGGCCAGAGAGUAUUACCGAAUGGCCAAGUGUGGAAGCCUCAUUUGCUGUUACUCUCAUUUGCAUCCAAGAUUCUAGCAGAAGCAAAUGCUCUUCUGAAAUCACAAGAUAAUACUGCAGGGAGACCAUUUGCAGCUCGGUCCAAGGCUCCGCCAUUGCCAUUUCUCCUCUCAUCGCUUCUGCAAUCCAGACCACAAGCUAAGCUUCCUGAAGAGCAGUAUGGUGAUGGAGAAGAUGAAGAUGGUUUGGACGAAUCAUCAGAUUCUGAUGAAGAAUCAGAGUAUGAUCAGCUUCCUCCUUUUAAGCGGUUGACUAAAGCUGAGAUGGCUAAGCUUAGUAAAUCUCAGAAGAAACAAUACCUCGAUGAGAUGGAUUACCGGGAGAAACUAUUUAUGAAGAAGCAGAUGAAAGAGGAAAGAAAGAGACGUAAGAUGUUGAAGAAAUUUGCUGCCGAGAUCAAAGAUUUGCCUAACGGGCAUAGUGAAAAUGUGGAAGAAGAGAGAAGUGAACCUGCAUCUGUUCCAGUUCCCAUGCCAGAUUUAUCUCUACCUGCAUCGUUUGACUCUGACAACCCUACUCACAGGUACCGGUCCCUUGAUUCCUCCAAUCAGUGGCUUGUUAGGGCUGUCCUGGAAACUCAUGGGUGGGAUCAUGAUGUUGGUUAUGAAGGUGUGAGUGCAGAACGACUUUUUGUUAUUAAAGAAAAAAUACCGAUAUCUUUCUCGGGCCAAGUGACAAAGGACAAGAAGGAUGCAACUGUGCAGCUGGAAAUGGCCAGCUCGGUGAAACAUGGAAAGGGUAGAUCAACGUCCCUAGGUUUUGACAUGCAAAAUGUUGGGAAGGAACUGGCUUACACUGUUCGAAGUGACACGAGGUUUAAAAAUUUUAGGAACAACAAAGCUGCAGCUGGUCUCUCUGUAACACUCUUGGGUGAUUCGGUUUCUGCGGGGCUGAAAGUCGAAGACAAGUUGAUUGCUAAUAAAUGGUUCAGAAUGGUUAUGUCUGGUGGGGCAAUGACUAGUCGUGGAGAUGUUGCUUAUGGUGGUAGUUUAGAAGCUCAGUUGAGAGAUAAAGAUUAUCCGCUUGGGCAGUGUUUGUCCACUCUUGGACUUUCUGUGAUGGAUUGGCACGGUGAUCUUGCCAUAGGAGGGAAUAUACAGUCCCAAGUGCCCAUUGGACGUUCCUCUAAUCUAAUUGCUCGUGCUAAUCUGAACAACAGAGGAGCAGGGCAAGUAAGCAUCCGCGUGAACAGCUCUGAGCAGCUCCAACUUGCUAUGGUUGCACUUGUUCCUCUGUUCAAGAAGCUACUUGGUUAUUAUUCCUCCCAGCAAAUGCAAUAUGGACAACGAUGAAUAACACUUAAGGCUUUGAACUUUUGAUUCACACUUCUCAUAUGAACUUCCUAGAGUGGGUUGAAAAUGUAGUAAUCUAUCUGCUUUUGGCUGCUGAUUUCGAUCGUUUCAUUUGGUUGAAAUUUAUUUUUACUUUAAAU